AUGGUGCCGAUAGACAGCCAGGGUGCAGAUUACUGGGAGGUUGCUAGUGCACCUACUAGUCCGGCAAACCAGCUUCGUGACGAUGUUGAUCGUGUCGUGUACCUUGAAGUCUCUGGUCUGAGCUGCGAGAGCUGUGUUCGGAAAGUUCAAGACGCGUUAAAUGCAGUGGACGGCGUCGCUAACGCUACGGUGGAGUUUGGGACGAAACGAGCUACCAUUUGUCUGAAGUCGAGCAGCCAAAUCACCAAAGACGACUUAGUUAAUGUAGUGCAAUCCCUUGGCCAAAAGUAUGCAGCUUCUGUGUGUCUACUAUCCGCUGAAGAGAAGAUUUCUAGUGUGACGCAGCACUCUGAAAGACUCAUGACUGAGGGGAACGCAGUUACCAUUCCAGUCGAAGAUAUUGAUGACGAAUCUGUCAGCGUGACUCUGUUGAUUGGUGGUAUGACGUGUAAUUCCUGUGCUGCUUCGGUUGAAAGUUCAUUGAAACAGACUGUAGGUGUCGUGUCUGUUGUGGUUAACUACGCAACAGAGAAAGCAGUUGUCCGAUAUGACGAGAGUGUAGUUGAUGUACCAGCACUUAUUGAAGCGGUUGAGACUAUCGGAUACGAAGCUUCGUUCGUGUCUGGAGAUAAAAAAGCUCCUGCUAACGCAACGUUAGUGAUCGGUGGGAUGACGUGUAACUCGUGUGCCAACUCUGUCGAAAAUGCUCUGAAAAACACAAAGGGCGUGUUGUCUGCCACUGUGAGCUAUGCAACUGAAAAGGCCGUGGUCGUUUUUGACAAGGAGGUGGUCGGUACCCGAUCACUUCUUGAAGUCGUAGAAGAUAUUGGCUACGAAGCUUCGUUCGUGACGGGGAAUGAGGCCCAAAAAGCGCUCGGAGACCAGCGUACAAAGGAGAUCAAACGCUAUCAAGUGGAUUUCGUGAUUGCGCUUCUGUUCACGCUUCCUAUCCUGCUGGUUAUGCUGGUUUUUGAGAACAUUACUCGUUUUAAACAUGGCCUAAUGACUGAGAUUCUACCUGGUCUUUCAUGGGAGACUUCGGUUGUGGCGAUUCUCGCGACUCCUGUGCAGUUUUACUCAGCUCGUCGCUUCCAUAUCGAAGCUUGGAGAGGAGUUAAGAACCGAGUUCUAGGCAUGUCAUUUCUGGUUUCUAUGGGGACGAACGUGGCGUAUAUCUACGGCUGGUUCACUGUUAUCCGCGCUAUCGUACUGGACGAUGCGGACGUCGCGAACAUGGACAUGUUUAUGACCUCGUCUGUGCUGAUCUUGUUCGUGGUUCUUGGGAAAUUACUGGAAGCAAUUGCAAAGGGGAAAACGUCUGCGGCGUUGACGAAAUUGAUGGAGCUGCAAGUUAAAUCAGCCACAUUGUUGGUCUUCAGCGCAGACAAGACAAAUAUUCAAGAGGAAAAAAUAGUACCCAUUGAACUUGUACAACGUGGAGAUGUCUUGCGAGUUGUUCGCGGCUCUUCUGUGCCUACUGACGGAGUGAUUGUGUUCGGUGAAGGCCGAGUUGAUGAGUCCAUGCUGACUGGAGAAUCAAAGACAGUAAAGAAAAGUAUUGGAGACCGUGUGCUGGGGGCUACGCUGAACGUUGAUGGUUUAUUUCACAUGAAAGUUACGGGAACGGACAGCGACACAGCUUUGAACCAGAUCAUUCGUCUCGUGGAGGAUGCACAGACGUCCAAAGCGCCAAUCCAGGCUUAUGCCGACUAUAUCUCCUCCAUCUUCGUUCCUACGGUAGUUGUUCUUGCACUUUUGACUUUCAUUAUCUGGUACAUUCUGAGUCUUCUAGAUGCAGUUCCCAAAAAUUGGAUUCCAGAUUCGGAUGGCAAGUUUGUGUUUGCACUGGACUUUGGCAUCGCGACGUUGGUUGUCGCUUGUCCCUGUGCUCUUGGGCUGGCGACACCGACUGCGGUGAUGGUCGGAACGGGCGUCGGAGCACAGUGUGGCGUCUUGAUCAAGGGGGGAGAAGCUCUGGAAGCUGCACACAACGUCAACACAAUUAUUUUCGAUAAGACCGGGACCCUUACAGUGGGCAAGCCUGUGGUGACGGAUGAGUACGUGAUCAGUCAAAAGAUAGAAGUUAAGGAGCUGAUCAUACUUGCUGGCUCGGCUGAGCUUGGUAGCGAACAUCCGCUAGGCAAGGCAAUCGUUGACUACGCUAAGAAGGUAUCGUCGUCUCUCGAACAACCGACUGCUUUCAACGGUGUUUCAGGGAAGGGGGUGUCGUGUUCUGUGGACACGCAAAGAGUUGUUGUUGGUAACAUGGCAUGGAUGGUUGAUAACGACGUGAAAGGGUUGCAUAACCUCGAAUUGGAACAAGUUACGAACAGUUUCCAGAACUCCGGUAAGACGUCGAUUUACAUGGCCGUGGAUAACGAGCUUUGUGCAGUUUUUGCAGUAGCCGAUGCUCCUCGAGAGGAAGCAGCUCAAACGCUGCAGCAGCUAACAGAAAUGGGACUGGAUGUCUGGAUGGUUACCGGUGAUAACGAGCGAACUGCUUCUACUAUCGCUGAACAGGUGGGAUUUAAUCAGAACAACGUCAUGGCAGACGUAUUACCGUCGCAGAAGUCGUCAAAAGUCAAAGAAUUGCAAGACAUUGGCCGUGUUGUCGCUAUGGUCGGUGACGGUAUCAACGAUUCACCCGCACUCGCUCAAGCCGAUGUCGGUAUUGCUAUUGGGGGUGGCACGGAAAUUGCAGUCGAGACCGCUGACAUGGUGCUCAUGAAGUCAAAUCUAGUGGAUGUGGUCACUGCGUUGCAUUUGUCUCGCACCAUUUUCAACCGUAUUCGACUAAAUUACGUGUGGGCGUUUGGCUACAAUUGUCUGUUGAUUCCACUUGCUGCUGGUGUACUGUACCCCGUGAACUUCAGCAUCCCACCAAUUUUUGCAAGUGCUGCUAUGGCACUUUCAUCUGUGUCGGUGGUGCUUUCGUCACUGGCACUAAAGCUCUACACCCCACUGAAGGUCACUCGAGAUAACAAGGUCGAGUUACUGAUCUCCAAGGAUGAAACGCUAUCUGCACCUCUUCUCGCAAACCAUUUGCAGGAGCCAUGA